AUGGUCAAGUGCAACUACGUCGAUGAGAAGAACUGCACUGCUGCCGGCAACAUCUACGCCCCAGCCAACCCACCUUCCAAGUGCUGCCCAUCAUGUGAGAUACGCGAGGACCCAUGCAAGGCCGUCCUCUGCCCAGCCGUAGACCAGGACAGAUGCAGAGCCGAGGGCAACAUCUUCGUGCCAGCCAACCCACCAUCAAAGUGCUGCGCCUCAUGCGAGAAGCCAACCAACCCAUGUGAUGCCCAGGACAACCUCUGCCCACCAAUCGACCAAGAGAAGUGCAGAGCCGAGGGCAACAUCUUUGUCCCAGCCAACCCAGCCGCCGGCAAGUGCUGCGACACCUGCGAGGAGAACCCAUGCAAGGAGGUCCGCUGUGACUUUGUCGACCCAAGAAAGUGCAACGACUCUGGUCUCAUCUACUCCCCAGCCAACCCACCCUCCAAGUGCUGCCCAACAUGUGACGAGAACCCAUGCAAGGGCGUCAGGUGCCCAGUCGUCGACGCCGACAAGUGCAAGGAGCAAGGACUCUUCUUCGUGGCUGCCAACCCACCCUCCAAGUGCUGUGACACCUGUGAGAAGGAGGACCCAUGCAAGGCUGUCCAGUGCCCAGUCAUCGACGAGAAGAAGUGCAACUCCGACCCAUCCACCUUCUACUCACCAGCCAGCCCACCAUCCAAGUGCUGUGCCACCUGCGAGCUCCGCCAACGUUAA